AUGUUCUCCCACUCUAACAGAGCGGAUCAACGGAAAGAGCCGAAGACGUCGGCUCUGUCAUGUGAUCAGCUGUGUCCAAUCACAGCAGAUCGCAUGUACACUGAUCAUCAGGGCACUGAUAAUCAAUGUGCCCUGAUGAUCAGUGUAGCCCCAGUAGUGCCAUCUGUCAGUGCCCAUCAAUGCCGCCUGUCAUUGCCCAUCAAUGCCACCUGCCAGUGCCCAUCAGUGCCACAUCAAUGCCACAUAUUAGUGCCUACCAGUGCACAUCAAUGCCACAUAUCAGUGCCCAUCUGAGCUGCUUUUCAGUGCCAUCUAUCAGUGCCACCUAUCAAUGCAAGUCAGUG